AUGGAGUGUGCAGCAGCUCCUGGCCCCAAACGUGGGGCUUCCCUUCAAGCUGUGGAGAAUAUUGUUCCAGGAGCUGGGGACUGGCUGCCAGGAGUCGCUGGAAACCCAACCUGGCCCACCAGCCUGGAGACAGGACUUCCAUUAGACCUGGAGCUAAGUGAGGAGCAACAGCUGCAGAUCUCCAAGGAGCUAGUUGACCUUCAGAUCGCAACCCACUGCCUGCACGAGCAGCACGAGGCUGAAGUCUUUGAGCUAAAGAGGGAGGUCUUUCAGCUGGAGAGCCGGGUGCUGAAGCUGGAGUUGCAUGGAGAUGAUGCCAGCCAGGAAAACAGAAUCCAAGCAAAGACCCACCAGGGGUACCGCAGGGCACCAGUACAAAAGUACAGUGGAGAAGCCCAGGGACCUGAAUAUGCUGACCACAGCAGACUCCAGGUGCAGCGCAGGGACGCACUGUCCCCCGAGCCCGAGCAACUGAAGCCGGGGAGCAAUUUGCCGGGAGGCCAGCAGCAGCUGCAGAGAGAAAUGAAGUGGGUACAGGAGCAUCAUGGGGCCAGGCAGCAGGCACUGGAAACACGAAUAGCAGCCCUUGGCCAGCAGCUGCAGGGAGCCCAAGAGGAAGCCAGAGCAGCUAGGCAGCAACUGGCUGUACAAACUAUGGUACUUUCCACCUGCCAGGGCCAGCUGCGCCAGGCCGAGGCAGAAAAUGCUCAGCUGCAGCUGCAACUGAAGAGGCUCAGUGAGGAGUGUGCCAUGCGGCUGCGGCGCCGUGCUCAGGAGAUGGUGGAAUCCACUGGUGGCACAAGUCAGGCAGCUCUUCGGAAAUUCCUGGAGACCACUGUGCAGGACAUCCGAGCAGCACACCACAGCCGAGAGCAGCAGUUGGCCCAGGCUGCCCGGGCCUACCGCAAGCGCCUAGCAGAUCUGAGCCAGAGGCAGGAACUGCUGCUGUCUACCUGCAGGGCCCUGGACAGUGCAUCGUGGACACAGAUCCAGCAGAAACUCCAAGAUUUCUCCCACAGCACCCAGGCAGAGCUGGAACGAGAGCGUGCACAGCUGCUGAUCCGGGCCACCAUGGCUGAACAGCAGGUUUCUGAACUGCAGGACUAUGUCAACCAGCACCUGGGCAGGUACAAGCAGGAAAUCCUGAAGCUGAGGAAGGUGGUGGGUGCAGAAAACCUCUGCAAAGUGGAGGCCAUGCCUCCCACAAAGCCCCAGUGCCCAAGAACCUGCAGCCGCUAGCAGAUGUUCCAGCCAAUGGAGAGC